UAUGUUGUAUCGUAAGAUGAUUAUGAUAUUAAUCAAAUGUUUUUUUCUCAAAACUAUUUGUUGUUUGAUGAACAAAGAAAUAAAACAUUCUAAACAAAAUGAAAUUGACGCUUAUAAUAUAAUCCUAAAAAUUCGAACAGGUUACAUAGAACAUGAUAUUUCACUAAGUUUAGGUAAUAUUAAAUCUAUACAAAUAAAAAACAUUGAUGAAAUGCGAAAUAAGAGAAUAAUGAGUCUCAUGUGUGGAUACGCUUAUAGCGCUUUGUACCAUAUGCGUGUUUCCAAAAUAGUAAUGGAAGUUCAAGACAAAGUUGAAAAAAACACGUUGUAUUUAGUAAUUAUGGAUAUUUUCAACGAAUCUAUAAACAUGUUGGUCACUUUACAUAACUUAAAUAUUGAGUCCAUAGAUGAAAUGUGGCAUUUUUACAUGUAUAUAAACCGUUUGCAUCCAUACAUACAAACACUUUUUGACAUGAAAAAAAUAUCUAAACCAAUUAUUGAAAACAUUAUGGAAAGUCAUAAUUUUAUUGAAAAACAAUUAGAAGAGUUUAUUGUUAAAAUUGGUAAAUGUAAUACAGCCAACAAGUUCAACGACAAAUACAUAGGAUCUCAAUUUUACAGAAAAUUGGAAGGUCUCGAAUCUUGUAGAAAACAAAAAAAUUGUCGUUUGAGUGAUGUCACGGCAUUGGUAUACGACAAUAAAAAAUUGAUAAGAGAAUUAAUAAAAAAAAAUCAUGAAGACGGAUCAGUUCUCAUGGAUGGCAAGGAACGUUUUGACUUGGAGCAAUUAUACUUAAACAAUCUAGUUUUAAAACGACAAACUGAGCUAUGGGAUACGUUAGAAAUAUUUGGUCCAAGAAUUAACUGGACUGGACCGCUUUUAAGACUCAAAGAAGCAAACACGAAAGCGCAUUGUGUGUACAUUUCAGCUGAUGGAUUCAAAAAUAUUCAAUUUUAUCAGAUAACAUUUUUGGAAAUCUUACAAACUAUCAUGUUGCGAUUUGUGUGGAGACAUUUGGUGUAUGCUAAAGAAAAAACUGUGUUAAAGGAAAGAUUGACUAAUUUACAAAAUUACAAAAAAAUCAUCAUUUCAGAAAUUACAGAAUUCAUCAAAUAUACGGGUUUAGAAAAUGAUAUAUUUUUCAAAGAUCUCCUAGAAAAAAUUCAUUCAAUUAUUAUAACUCCUAUAAGAUUUAAAAUUAAAACAAUCAUACACAUGAUAAAAAAUCGUCUUGCUACAAUAUCGAAAAAUUAUGAAACAGUAUUAUAUGGUGCUAUUCAGAUAGAUGAUGAAGAAAUGUGUAUGAAGUUAGCAGUGGAGAAAUCUUUAAGCCAAUUAAAAGAACUAUCAUGUGAUUAUAAUGCAACUGGCAUAAUAUGCGGACGAGUAUUUGUAUUUCAAAAUGGCAAUUCAAAAUUAAAACAACUUAAGAAGUCUGUAACUAUGGACCCUCAUUCAAUUGUGAUAUGGAAACAUCCUAUUUUAACUAUUGAUUGUUUCUGUAAAGAAGUAGUUUUUUUAACCAAGUCAUUUAUUAAAAAAUUAAUUUGUUAUAAGUUGUAUGUGCUAUUAGCAUUUUUAGUUAUUUCUUCUCCAAUUGUUUUAUCAUACAUUGAGGGACCUCAUGUUCCAGUGUUACUAUGGGCCAAAUCAAGAGUUUCAUGGUGUUUAUAUUGGUUAGGCCUUGGUGUCUUAUCAUCUGUCGGCUUUGGUACCGGCUUACAUACAUUCCUACUAUAUUUAGGUCCUCAUAUAACAUCCGUUACAUUAGCAGCGUAUGAAUGUGGAGGUCUUAAUUUUCCAGAGCCACCUUAUCCUGAUCAAAUUAUUUGUCCGGAUGAACUUGACCCUACUUGGACAGCGAGUUUAUGGAAUAUUAUGUCCAAGGUAAGUUUAGAAGCCAUGAUGUGGGGAGCUGGAACUGCACUUGGAGAAUUACCACCUUAUUUCAUGGCAAGAGCAGCACGACUCUCUGGAAGGCCUCCUGAUGAAGAUAAAGAAGAUUUAAUUGAAUUUGAAGAAUUAUUAAAAAAAGAAGAGCACCCGGAAACUAUGACAUUAGUUGAUAAAUCAAAAAUAUUUGUUGAAAAACUGGUGAAAAAAGUUGGAUUCUUUGGUAUUUUAGCAUGUGCUUCUAUACCAAAUCCUUUAUUUGACCUUGCUGGAAUAACAUGUGGUCACUUUUUAAUACCUUUUUGGACAUUUUUUGGUGCUACGCUAUUAGGUAAAGCUGCUAUUAAAAUGAGUAUACAAGUAUUAUUUGUAGUAAUUGCUUUCAAUGAAACUCUAAUUGAAAGUGUUCUUGAGAUGGUUGGAAAAAUUCCAGGAUUUGGUAAAAAAUUACAAGCUCCUAUUACUAAAUUUUUAGAGAAUCAAAAGCAAAGAUUACAUCUUAAAAAAGAUUCCAAGGGUACAAAUAUCGUUGUGAAGUUAUUUGACCUAUUUGUGUUUUCAAUGGUCAUGUAUUUUAUAGUGUCUUUAGUCAAUUCAUUAGCACAAAAUUAUUAUAAGCGAAAUAAUAAGACUUCAAAAAAAGUGUCUAAAGACUGACAUUUAAUUAUUCAACAACUCAAUAUCGUAAAAUUAAGCGACUUUAAGAUCGUUAUUAUGAUUUAAUAAACAUCUCCAUUUUCCUUAAUUAAUUGUUUAUUUGUUAUAUUUUUGCUCUUCUGAUACUUGAAAUAAAUUCUUUAUUUAUAUUUUAAAUUUAUAUUUAUAAAAGUUAUUACAAAGUACAGGGUUUUAAUUUUUUAAACUUUCUUUGAAUUUCCAAAAGAAGAAACUUUGAUAAAUUUACUUUACUGCUCAAUAUAAUUCCAAAAAAAUUUAUUUAGUAGGUUUAAUAUAUUUCAAAUUAAAUUGUUUACAUUUGUUACAGUAAUUUAAAACAUUUAGUUUGAAUCUAUUACCAAAUUAAUAAUUAAAUAAUCUAUAUUACCAAAAUUAUUUACAAAUUAUUUUAGUUACUUUGUGUUUCAAGAAUUCUCACAAUUUUUUUUAUUAAAAUGCUAGGAACUUAUUCAUCAUGACUCCAAGUGUUACCAAAUUUUGUUUUUUUUUAGUUGUAAAAUUGUCAAUUUAUUAUUAGUGUUCUAGAUUAUAGAUUAUUAAGCAACUCACCAGAAUAAUUUUUUUAAACUGUUUUCUUGAGUUUAAUAUAUCAUUUCAUUAUCUAUCUGUACACUUGAACCACUGUAGUUUUAAGUUUAGCCUAAAUUAUUUAGUUAAUUUUCUCUUAUUUUUAAUAAUUAAACAUUUUUUUUGCCCAAUUAUUAUUGUUAUUUGUUUAUUGUUUUAUUUAAUUUUAAUAUUUCUUAUAUACUGCAAUAAUAUGACUACAAUAGACAAUGUUAUUUUCUCUGAUAUUAUAUUAUGUGAUUUAGGAAGUAAUAUUUGGUAGUAUUAUUAAUUAGUAUAGUAGUAGAAGACUGCUGUUCCUCUUCUGAAAACUUGUUCAUUCCCGGAAAUAAAAAUAUUUUCUUUAAUUUUUUUGUGUACUAUCUUAAAUAAUUAAUAAAGACAACAUAAUUGAAUUCCAAACUUAAAUAAUCCUAUGCAAUAUGAGCAGCUUAAAAGUGUGUCAUAAAAUAAUUUACUUUAAUUUUGAGAUUGUUGUUAAUUUCUGUUUCUUCAAUUACUCUAAAUGUUAUUUAUAAGAAUACAAGUGAAAUGAAUUUCUAUAUUGAUUAUUUAAAUAAUAAUACUUAUUUAUAAAACUUUCUUAUUGCUUAUUAAACAAGUUUAUAUUGACGGUGA